GUCCUCCCCCUGGCAGGGCUCUGGGCUCCUCCCCCUGUGCCCCUUGUCCUCCCCCUGGCAGGGCUCGGGUUCCUCCUCCAGAAGCUUGCAGUUACUUCCAGAGAUUUCCACCCCUUUCUCCAGCCAGCGUCAGCCCGGGGGAGGGGGGCAGAUAAAGCUGCCCAGGAAGGAGCCCGGGGCUCAGUAUGGCCCAUUACCCCAUGAAGACAACACAAGGCUCGAUGAUACCCAGCAAUGAGCCCCUGCCUCCCGGCUGGGAAAUCAAGCUGGACCCUCACACCGGCUGGCCCUUCUAUGUGGAUCAUAACAGCAGGAGCACCACCUGGAGCGACCCCCGAAUGCGGGACCCCGGAAAGAAAAACCAGUCUUUGGCUAACGGACCCUCAUCAGAAAGUCACAAGCCUGCUCCUCUGAGAGAAGGAAAUGUGUAUUAUCCUCAGCUUCGUCCGGGAUAUAUACCGAUACCUGUUAACCAUGAAGGACUGGAGAACAGGCAACAGGGCCCCUACUAUAUCAUUCAACAACCAGGAAUGCAAAGAGUGAAGAAUGAACCUGUUUCUGUUCAGAAGAGACCGCAGUCUCCUCUGUGGAGCUACAACCGUCCCCAGUCUCCUGCCCGGACCCCGGGAGACUCUUCUCAAACUGACAGGCAUGGAGGACAAUCUGCUGGAUCUCCAACAUCAAGCGGAUCUCCGCAAGGACCAUCGCCCCCUCCUUCAGUUACAGACUCACAGAAUAGUCUCAGUCAGUCCCCUGGCAGACAAAGUGUCCUUUCCCAGUCCCCUGGCAGACAGAGCAUUGGAAGCCACCAGUUGCCUCGUGGUUAUAUCUCAAUACCUGUCUUUCACGAGAGCAAUGUGCCACGACCACCUACCCAAGGCUAUCAAUACAUGCCAAAGCCACAUUAUCCACAGCCAAGUGGAGAUUACCAAACACAUCAGCCAGUAUAUGGCAAAGUCCAGGAUGAGAGAGACUCCAGGUUACCAUCACCCCAUCCUCCGGCUAAAGUUGCAUCCAGUCGGGAAAGCUCCCCGGUGAGGGUUGUGAGCCAGUCACCAGCUCCUGUAAGGAUGAAGACCGUAGUAGAUAAACCUCAGGUCCAGCAAAUCCACAUACAACGAGAAUCCCCACCGAGAUAUCAACAAGAGAAUAAGCCAAGCUCUCCCAUCCCCAGUGAGCCUCCCAGUUACACUCCUAUUCAGAUGACCUUUAAAGACAGUGACUUGAAACAUCUUCCACAAAAAGCAACACCUGAGAAUGUUGAGGCGCAUAGUCCAAGUCCCAUUCCAAUUGUUCCUGUGGAGGAGACACCUGGGCAAAAGGAGCCAACCCCCCCGAAAGAACCGGAAGUUUUAGAGCCCCAAGAGAAACACCCAGGAGUUCUACAAGUAGAACAAAUAUUGCAGAGGGUGGAGACACUGCAGAAAGCGGUUUUAGACUUUCAAGGCAGAAGAAAUGAAAAACCGUAUCUAAUACUAGAAGAAGACCUCACUAAAGUGCUCCUGGCGUUGGAUUCAGUAGAUCCAGAUGGCCGUGCUGAUGUCCGUCAGGCAAGAAAGGAUGGUGUCAGGAAAGUUCAGAACAUUUUGGAGACACUGGAACAGAAAGCAUCUGGUGACACAGAAUGUUCCCAAGCCAUGGACUCAGCAGGAACUUCCCAUGAUUCCAUGGAGAUUGACAGAACAUUGGACAGAAGCAAUGCAAUCCCUAGCUCACUCUGUGUCUCAGAUCAGCACCCCUCAGAAAGUAAUCAGAAGGAAGGCUCAGAUUCAGGUCCUUCAUGUUUAUCUACUCAUUCUGAAAGUCACUAGCUGUCACCUGGGAGAAAAAUAAUAAUCUCUGAACUUUUAAAAUGUGGGUCGGGUGUGAGGUUUACAGAAAUCUGCAUGCAUUUUGGUUAAACAACUACUGUUUUUCACCCCACCAAACAGCACGGACACAAGGAACCUCUAGACGUCUUCUCUGAAUGGAAAAGAUACUAAGCCGCCUCUCUUCAUUGAUCUCAUGAAUUGUUAUAUUGUUUGGUUCCCAUCAAUUCUCUAUACUGCUAGAUCACAUCCCAAACCACCCAUAGUCCAUAAUCCUUUCACAAAAUAUGUCAUUGUAACUACAUUGGUCACUACUUCACAAUAUAUGCUGCUGUUAGGACACUGACAUUUUUCUUAAGUGAUAAAUUGAGACUUUUGCGGAGAAAGUUAAAAUAUGGUUUUUCCAUUUUAGAAUUUUGUCAAAUAUUGCUCUUCAUACAUGAUGU